UGUCGGCUUUCAUUUCAAGUCCAGCUCUUUUUCUUUUCUUUUCUAUUUUUUUUAAAUUUAUUUUUAUAGUCUAAAUCGUGAAAACUACGUGCACAUCUGUGUUGGAAAGCUUCAACCUUUCGGUUGUGCUUUCAUUUCUUUUCCUUUCUAUUUUUCAAACUUUUCUCAUUGUAACAACUUUGGCUUAUUUGUUAAUCAUCAAUUUGGCAAAUGGGUUCCUCUGAUUUGAAGCUCCUUUGCAUCUGAAUGUUCAAGCUUUUCUCUCCUUUUUCACAUGAACAGUGUCACGUUUCACCUCAGAUUAUUGAUUUCUUUUUGGGAGGACUGGACUUUAUUCUGUUUCAAACAUUCAAUUUGUUCCAUUAGCGAGAAAAAACAACCAAUUUCUUCUUCUGAAGUCACUUAAGUUCCUAUGCCAUGGCUGCCACGGCGACUUCAUCGGCCAAACCACAGAGAAUCCACGGUUUGAUCACUACUUUGGUUUCAGCUUUUCUUGAAUGGUUACUGAUCUUUUUUCUGUUCAUCGAUGCUGUGUUUUCAUAUGUAAUUACAAAAUUUGCUCGUGGCUGCAAAUUGCAAACACCUUGUCUGAUCUGCUCGAGGCUCGAUCAUGUUUUGGGCAAAGAAAAAAUGGGAUAUUAUUGGGACUUGAUGUGCAAUUGUCAUAAAUCAGAGAUUUCUUCCUUAGUACUUUGCCAUGCUCAUAAUAAGCUUGUAGAUGUACAUAAAAUGUGUGAAAGUUGUCUCUUCUCAUUUGCAACUAUAAACAAAUCUAAUGCUGAAACUUAUAGACUGUUGGUGGGUAAAUUGGGUGAAGAUAUUAACUCUGAUUUUGAUCAGGACCCUUUACUCGGGGAUCAUAAGAUCAGUAGCUCGAGCACAAGGAAUUGUGCUUGUUGCAAUCAGCCAUGGGCUCCAAGAGCUCAUGCUCAGGUCUUGUCUCAGUCAAAGCUAGUUGGUUUGGAGGCUGCUGAACUUGAGAGGUCUCUUUCUGGUGCCAUUGAACGUAACCAGGAUAGCCUGAAGGAGGAGAAAUCAUCUGUGUCAAUAAUAGCUAGUCAUUCUAGAAAGGAUGGGCUAGAUCCUCUAUCUCAUAUCCAAUACACAGAGCUCAAUGUAGCUUCUGAUACUGAAUCUGAAGGCAUUGAAGAGAAUCAUAAUGUCAUCAAGGAAAGAUCACUUGAGUCAAUUAUAGAUAGUCAUUCUGGAAAUGGUCAGCUUAAUCCUUUAUCUCACAUCAGAUAUACAGAGCUGAAGAUCUCAUCAGAUACCGAGUCUGAAUCUCCGUUUUCUACUGAUGAAGGUGUGAGUGCUCUUAUCCGCGGAGCAAAUGAGUACAAAGAAGAGUUCUCUGUUCAAUGCGUUGAGCCUCGUGUUGUCACUCUAGAUACUGAUUUGGCCUUUGAUGAAGGUGUGAAUUCUCCGAUACCCAAAGCAAAUGAGUACAAGGAAGAGUUCUCUGUUCAAUGCGUUGAGCCUUGUGUUGUCACUCUAGAUGCUGAUUUGGCCUUUGAUGAUGGUGCGAGUACUCCGAUACCCAAAGCAAAUGAGUACAAGCAAGAGUUGUCUGUUCAAUGCGUUGAGCCUUGUGUUGUCACUGUAGAUGCUGAUUUGACCUUUGAUGAAGGUGCGAGUUCUCCGAUCCCCAAUGCAAAUGAGUACAAGGAAGAGUUCUCUGUUCGAUGUGUUGAGCCUUGUGUGGUCACUCAAGAUGCUGAUUUGGUCUUUGAUGAGGGUGUGAGUUCUCUAAUCCCCGAAGCAAAUGAGUACAAGGAAGAGUUCUCUAUUCAAUGCAUCGAGCCUUGUAUUGUCACUCCAGAUGCUGAUUCGGCCUCUGAUAAACUCAUAGAUCCAGCAUCUGGGCCAAAACCUUCAAUUUUGAUCUCAGAGGGGCAAGCAGAUGCUGAUUUGGCCUCUGAUAAACUCAUAGAUCCAGCAUCUGGGCCAAAACCUUCAAUUUUGAUCUCAGAGGUGCAAGCAGAUGCUGUUGAGUCCUUUGAUUUCGAAUCUCCAGAAUCUACCAUUGCUGCCGGACAUGGAUUAGAACAACUUAAUUGGCAACAAGUUGUAGAGAAGGAAAACAUCCCUGCACAAACUGAAUCCCCCCAUAGUCCUGCUUCAUCGCAUACUGUAGGAAUCCCUGUUGAAGUAUCAAAAAGCUGCUUGGAUAAUACAAGGAGUGGUGAAGUUGAGGACACAUCCAUGGCCGAAUGUGGUGAGGUCUGUAAGGAAGGAGCUACGCUUAACACAACAAGCGAAACAGGUCUAGAAAGAAACCCUAUUGCUAGUGACAGUGGACUGCAAGCGCCCAAUUUAUUGGAUCUUGGUGAUGCUUAUAAGUUAGCUGUUGGCAAUAGAGGAAAACAACUCUCUGGUUUACUUGCAGAGCAAUGGAUAGGGAAGGAUGCUUCAAAAGUUAGUGAGGAUUUGAAAUUUUUACUUUCACAUUUGUCUGUCACUCGAGGCACUGAGCAACCCAUGAAUGAAAUUAGUCCUAAAUUUUCUUUAAAUAGUGAUGAUUUUAAGACUUUGGAUUCUUCUAAUUCUAUUGGGAUGCAUAUACUUCAAAAGAGGAUCUCACUUGAAAGAAAUGAAUCUGGACUGUCUAUUGAUGGAAGCAUUGUGAGUGAAAUUGAAGGUGAGAGUGUGGUAGAUCGGUUCAAACGACAGGUUGAGCAUGAUAAGAAACUUAUGACUGCUAUGUAUAAGGAGCUGGAGGAAGAGAGAAGUGCUUCUGCAAUUGCUACGAAUCAAGCCAUGGCCAUGAUUACAAGGUUGCAGGAAGAGAAGGCAGCACUCCAUAUGGAAGCACUCCAAUACCUUCGAAUGAUGGAAGAGCAAGCUGAGUAUGAUGACGAUGAACUGCAGAAGUCAAAUGAUCUUCUCGCCGAGAAGGAGAAAGAGAUACAAGAUCUUGAAGCAGAGCUUGAAUUAUAUAGGCAGAAGUUUCCAAGUGAACGAGUGAUGGAUUUUCCAUCUGAGUCAAGCUAUGAUGUGGUAACAGAUAUUGCAGUGGAUAACUCAAAAUACAGCUGCAUCGGAGAUAAACUUAAUGUCUCCAACCAAGUUGAAGAUUCAGACAUUUCUUUUAAGAAUGCAGAUGAAGACAAUUUGAAUUCUUCAAUGCUAGAGUUUGAAGAUGAAAAGUUAUACAUCUUGGACUGUUUAAAGAAGUUGGAGAAGACACUUCAUCUGCUUCCUGAUGAUGGUGAAAUUGAUACAGAAGAGCUAAAUUGUAAGGGUCACGAAAAUAGUAGAGCAGAAACUAAUACUUUGUCAGCACAACACAAUGAAUCAGUAUCUGGGCAGGAUUUGCAUGCUGAAGGAAACUCUUCCUCACUUGAGAAACAUGAGCUUAAUGGAAUAGAAGGCGAUGAAGUUUGUUACAGCAGGGAAAGUCCUGCAGAGUUAUCCCGAGCCACAGAUUCGACUUCUCUUGAAACUAUUGUUUCUGAUCUAAAUAAGAGAUUAGAAGCACUUGAAGCAGACCGGAAGUUUCUUGAGCACACAGUAAACUCACUUAGAAAUGGUGAUGAGGGUGUUCAGUUCAUUCAUGAGAUAGCUUCUCACCUGCGAGAACUACGAAACAUUGCAUUGAAAAAAGAUCAAACCGUGUCUUGAGCCGUAUGCAACUACACAACAAAACAAUGGUUGCACGUUGAGAAGAUCAUUAUAUUACCCAGACCAUAUAACAGUUUGAAAUAUGUAUCUUAAAUCGGCUUGAAAUGUACAGCAAAGAAUGGUGACAAGCUUACUAUAAAAAGAAAAAAAAGUUGUAAUUUUUUAAAAAGAAUCUUCUUUGUUCCCCUCCUUUUUUGGGGUCUUUUUAACAAGUUAGAAUAUUUUGUAUUUUACUUGAUGACAAUAGAGAGAGUGUUGGUGAAGAUUUUUUUUAGGAGUUGGAGUUUGCUUAUUUAAUGUAAUAUUUUUUUUUGAAAAAAAAAUAUUAGCUUUGUGAAGUUGAUGAGUGAUUUGAUUGUAAUCCAGGAGAGAAAAAAAGAAAGUGAGUGAUUUAAUUGUAAGAAAGUGAAUAAUUGUUGUGUAAAAAAAUAUUUAUUUGAAUUGGUAAAAUGAGUGAGUGAGGUUCUAUUUACCAAAAAAUAAAUAAAAAGAGUGCAUUAUUUCUUUUCA